GCCCUUGCAUACCAACCCAGCACGUCAGGUGCAAGACAGCUGGCGAACGGCGAACCUGCGUAAUCGCGUCUCACCGCCUGGCGAGUCCAAAUACUCUUGGUCCAAGCGACGUGUGCAUACAAUACGUACCUCUUAUCUUGCUUGUAUACGUCUCAAUAUACGGAACUGCUUAUAAAGGACUUGCGUUUGCCAACCAUCAGCACGGCCUCGCCAUGGGAGCCGUUCCCGAGCUUGUCUCGCUCAGCAUCUCAGCGUGGUCCUUCAAGGCACGCUUUGCUUUGAAGCACAAUGGCGUCAAGUAUCGCACGACGCCGUACAUGCCCCUGUUCGGAGAGUUCUUCCUCCGGUUGCGGCUGGGCGACUGGAAGAGCAAGGUCACAGUGCCCGUUUUGUUCACGCCACGUGACGGCGUGCUGCAUCAGUCGUACGACAUCGCACGCUGGUCUGACAACCACAGUGCCCGGCCAGGCGCGGAGCGGCUAUUCCCCGAGGGCCGAGAGCCGGAGAUUCGCAGCUGGAACGCGAAGAGCGACACGGUCCUGAACUUCGGGCGGCAUUGCCUGGUGGACACCUUGAUGAGCGACCCGGCCGGGAUGCGCAAGGUGGUGCCAAGCAGCCUGCGCUGGCUGGGGCCGCUGGGGUUGGUGCUGGUGCGGCAAAUCGUGGCGAGGCUGCAGAGCAAGUACCGGGCCGAGGGCAGCAGUACCUCAAUGGUGCAGGCGCUGGAGGUGCUGCGUGAGGCGCAGUCGGUGCUGCGGGCCCAGGGCGGCGGCGGCUCGCUGCGUGGGCGCCACCUGGUGGGCGGCGGCUUCACAUACGCCGACAUCGCCAUCGCCGUGGCGGCGCAGACCGUCAAGCCUCUGGGGCCGCCUUACUCCAGCGGCAGCGCACGCCCGGCCCUGCCGCAGUUCCAGGCGUACCAGGAGGAGUUCGCGGACCUGUUGGAGUGGCGCGACGGCAUCUUCGCGCAGUACUGGCCCAUGGACGCUGAGCACAAGGCCGGCAAGGCGCAGUGACGGCCUGGCUGACAGGCAGGGCUAGCGCGAGCAGCCCGCCAGUGGGUGGAGGCUUUGGGAAUACGGAAUGUCUGGUUGUCAUAGCUGGCCAGUUGCCAUAAGUUGUCAAACAUGUUAAGAGGCGGAGGCGGAGCGUGCACUCAUAAGCACGUGUGGCUGGUGUGCACCAGCUGCUCCUGCAGGGCACGUGUGGUGUAGGCGGUUUGCUAUGCUUGCUGAAUUGCUCAAAACGGCGCUCAGUGUGGGAGCCUGACUGGUUGCCUUGCAACUUGCAACACCGGAAGAGGCCGCAGCAGGGGGUACUCGAAGGGUCGAAUGUCUCGGAGCGACUGUGAGGUGCUCGGAUGCAUCUUAUCAGACAUGGGAGUUGAAGGAGCUGACGGGAGCGCUGGUGUCGGGUGGAAUUAGGCAGCUCUGCUGCAGGCCUGGCAGCAAUUUUGCUUGGUACAUUACAGUGCCCUCCACGGGUGCGACAUGCCCCCACGCUGUGUUAGGGCCAUCUGUGGCUCUUGCCAAUGCGGCUUCCCCACACGCGAACAAUGUGUUGAGCUUGCGCCUAGGACAGACAGCCACUGAGGACGGUGUACGAGGGCUAGCGAUGAGACUGGAUCAACCUAUCUAGCUCCUCACAUCAACGGACCUAGGCCGGACGGCUGGGGAGGACAGGAUCAACCUGUCCUCCAGACCCUGCACACACACGCUGCAGCACACACACUCCCAAUCACGCGCUAUCGCUAUCGAGGCACUGCCAUCAAUCCGGGUCAAUCCAGAGACGGCCUGCUCAGCGCAUGGCCAUGGCGGUGAUAUGCGGUGAUGAGGCGGACGUUUGCAGCAGCACAAAGGUCGCGGCCAGACCGUUCUCACGUUC